GUGGCAUUGGGCGGAUUCGCCGAGAGUACGACAAUUACAAUUCCAAACCCGGAAGCGGAGUGCUUCCCACCCCCAUAAUUCAAGGAACAGGACAGAUAUUUGCAGAGCAGACGUAGACACGAGCUUAACCCAUGGAGCCAACGCCCCCAGCGUAUUCGAUCACGCAACUCUCACACGCUUCCCUCUUUAUUUACACACUUCUCUUUCCCACUCCUUUCACCUUCUCUUCUCCUUGAAUUGGCUCUCCUGCUUUAUUUCUCUGUCCUCUAUUUCUGCUUCUGACUUGAUGGCUGCGCUGCGCGGAGUUGGUUUCACUAUAAGCCCUGAGCGUGUGCAAGUGAAAUUUUUUAGUGAAAAUUUAUCGACAAGACUGAUUAAGCGUAAUUUCUUUUGUGUCAAACGUAAGUCUACCUUUUCUUAUAGAAGAGAGUUCUGGAAAAACAGAUGCUCAUUGUCUAGUAAAGCCGUGUCUCCACUGGAAUCGGAAGACAAUGCUCGCAGUGCUUUAACGGAUUCUUUGGAGGAAGAAUCAGGGCAUGUUAUAAGGUUCGACAUGUCCGAUUUCAAACUGCUUACCCAUGUCAGUAUUGGCCUUGGUGGGCGGGCGGAUGAGGUUGUUUAUGAAGCUAUAGUCAAGGAUUCUAGCAGUCCUUUAUAUAACACCAGAGUUGUGCUACGACAAUUUUUAAGUGCACAAGCUCAACGCAGAGGAAAGCGAGCGAUAGAGGUAUUGAAGAAGUUGGUCCGCCGCAGGCUCCUUUACCAUUCUUAUUCAAUGCAAGUUCAUGGUUAUGUCUAUUCACCUGCAACUGGCGGCUGUAGCUUGUUUACCCUGGUUCAUGGGUAUCAUGGUAGUUUUUCUUUAAGACAUUGGCUUCAACAAUCAGAUUGGCUUCCUACCUUGGAAGCUACUCUUGCAUUGGAUGAAGAAUCUGUGAGGAGGGUGGGAGAUGAUACAAUUGGAGGGCCUGCAGUCUCUCGGCAGUCUCGAAUUAUACGUAUAUUGAUGAGGGAUCUCUUGAUCGGAGUGAAUUACUUGCACAGUCAUGGACUUGCCCAUACAGAGUUGAGGCUGGAGAAUGUUCAUAUAAGCCCAGUCGACAGACAUAUUAAAGUAGGGAUACUAGGGAAUGCUGCUGACUUUUAUGAGGAUGGUCCAAAUAGUAAUACACUGGACAACUGCAUGGACCGGCGACAGAUGAUGAUUGCAUUUGACAUGAGAUGUGUUGGAUUCAUGAUGGCAAAAAUGGUGUUGCGAGAACUUAUGGAUCCCUCAAUCUUCGCGAGUUUUAAAUCAUUCCUCAUGAAGGGAAAUGAUCCUUCAUGCUUGCGGGAAUUUUUGUUGCGAAUAUUCAGAAGGAACGCUCUAUCUGGUAGUGCUGGACUCCAAAUACUUGAUCGGAAUUGGGGUGCAGGUUGGAACCUUCUGUCCUUAUUACUUGCUACCAAACCUUCUAAGAGAAUAAGUUGUUUGGAUGCUCUCAGACACCCAUUUUUGUGUGGACCUAGAUGGCGGGUUGUCCCGUCCAUGGAUAUUAUUAGAUGGGGCCUCGGUUCAACUGCAGUGCGCAUUGCAGAGGAAUAUAUUUACAGCAGGCCCCAGCGUAAUAGGCUUGCCUACUUUGUUGAAUUGAUGGAGAUGCUGAAUCCACAUUCAAGGCCAAAGAACUGGUUGGAGUUGCUGCCUGGAAAAUGGCGUCUAUUAUAUUGUACAGGGAGGCACAUAGGCUUAACCCUUCGUCAGCCCUCUGCUCGUGUUCUCAUCGGCGAUGUUAAUCUAACUGUUUCAAGAGCAUCGGAUUUAAACACCAGCCUUUCUUUCACUUCUGACAUUGGCUUCACAGUCAUCAUCGGUCAUGAUUGGCCCCAUGACAAGGCUGGAAUUAUUGGGAAAAUGGAAGUAGACUCUGUAUUUAGAUUAACAUCUGGAAGACGGUUGUAUCUUAAGGAAGAAAAAAGUACUGGAAGAUUCUCCUUUGGUCAAUCAAACAAUUUUGAUUCAUUAUUUCAGAAAUUAUCAGGUAGAAAAUGGAGGAAAGCAAUCCCUUUUAAGGAGUUCCCAUCGAGCCUUCCAGUGGCUAAGCUUGCUUCGAAUGACAUAGAGGUGACAAUGAAUCUCAGUGACCCACUUGAUCAAAAUGUUGUUACUGCAAGAAAUAUAAUUCAAGAAGUUCGCACGCAAAUACCUCCUGAAAUGUUUGAUUUGUCAAAGCUUGUUUGUGGUACAUAUGUGGACUCCAGGCUACUUGUCCUCCGUGGGGUAAAUGGAUCAGCUCUCUUAUUUACUAGGUCUUGUGUUGAUGAAACAUUGUAGAUAACAAUAGUCAUGGAGGGAAGUGUAAUUAUGUAUUGUAUUCUUUGAUUGUGCAAUCUGUACAAAAUUUAUUUUCUGAUUAACGAUAUAUGCACUUCCUGGAAUAGCUUGUAUAAGAUUGCUACUGUACCCUAAUUGUACAAUCUGUAAAGUCCACUGCCUAGAUUGUAUAAGAUUUUCAUUUUUUAUAAGAAA